GGGGCUCCCCUGACCCCAUUUCCCCCGCAGCGUGUCGAAGCAGCACGCCAUCAUGCCGGGGCAGUCCUACGGGCUGGAGGACGGCUCGUGCAGCUACAAGGACUUCAGCGGCUCGCGGAACAACCGCUUCUCCACGCCCGAGCAGGCGGCCAAGAACCGCAUCCAGCACCCGUCCAACGUGCUGCACUUCUUCAACGCGCCCCUCGACGUCACCGAGGAGAACUUCUAUGAGAUCUGCGAUGAGUUGGGGGUCAAACGUCCCUCCUCGGUCAAGGUCUUCUCAGGAAAGAGCGAGCGCAGCUCCUCGGG